UGGAUAAGGUUGGAUGGGAUGACACUUCCUACACUUCGUAGCGCAUAAUGACAACGUGAUCAUAUGUUUCUUUUAAAACACGGGUGCUUUUUUACACUUGGAAAACAAUGAAAGAUAAUAAAACGAGUUGAAGUUGGAAUGGAGAUCGACGAUUCCAGCGAAUACGACCGGAAAAUUGUCUCUUUCAAAGACCUCGGCAGAUUUAAAUUAACAGAGAGAAGAUACAACGAUGAUUCUCUCAAUAUAUAUACAGCGAGGCUGAAUGAUUUGCGGGAAGACACAUUACGCAGAGCGAAACUGAAAUGGACCGACUAUCAACAUGUAGAAGUUUCACGCCUGACCCUGGAAACCUUAGGAAAGUCUUAUAUUCUGAUAGGAGUACUUUAUAAAGAUCAGAGGCUGAAACCUUCCCUUCUACGCGACCUCAGCAAGGAGCUUCAGCUGGAAGCUCAACCGAAUAAUAAUUAUGCAUCAGUUGACGACCAAUUAUUUUUGGAGGAUGAAACGUUACGUGUAAAAUUAGUAGGAAAUCACAUGGAUAUACAAGAAGUAGUCACUGGGCUCGUCUGUGCGAUACUCGGACAUGAAUUAGAAAAUGGAACAUUUUGGGUAGAGGAUUGGUGUUUUCCAGGAUACUACCCGAAGUCUUCUAGCGUGAGCAGCUCAUUGGUGGAAGAUGGAAAAAUUCUGCUAAUAUCUGGAUUAGAUCUAGUUAAUAACACGGACGAGUUCAGCUUAGAUUUACUUUCAGAAUGGAUAACCGGAAUGGCGGGAUGUGCCAAUGCUCAAAAAGAAGAAGCUGCAAUUGCUAAAGUCAUUAUCGCUGGAAACUCCAUUCGUAGUUCUACGAAAAUAUACAGCCAUAAAGGCUAUCAUGAAAUCAAAUCGCACGAUCAGCUUAAGAUCAAAGAAGAUGUAAUGGCAAUGCAUAAGCUUGAUGCUUUUCUCAGCAAUAUUCUCAAUUGCUGUUGCGUUGUCUUGAUGCCGGGAGAGUUUGAUCCCACUUGCAAUUAUAGCAUGCCUCAGCAGCCUUUUCAUCCAUGUACUUUGCAGAAAUCGGUCAGGUUUAAAAGCAUGCAUGGUGCGACUAAUCCUUGGAUCGCUAAUAUUGGGGGCCGUGUCGUAGUUGGUUCUUGCGGCGGACCAAUCAUGGAUAUUAUGAAAAUCGCUGGAUUAUCUCAGCUGUCUCCGUUGGAAUGGCUGGAGCGUACAUUGAUCUGGAGGCAUUACGCUCCAACCGGUCCCGACACGCUUCCGAUUUAUCCGUUCUUCAAAAAUGAUCCAUUCGUUAUCAACGAAUGGCCAGAUAUAUAUUUCGCUGGAAACAUGGAUGAAUACAAUACAAAAUUAGUUACAGCUGACGAAGGGCAUGCGGUACGAUUGAUAUGUAUUCCGAAAUUUUCGGAAACAAAAACAGCGGUGCUAGUCAAUUUACAAGAUUUGACGACACAGCCUAUUUCAUUCGGUGAUAGGCUGAUGUAAUUUGUAAUUAUAAUAUAUAAAAUAUUCUGGCGUCUAUCUUUCCAUUGUUAUUUGUGCUCUGCCUUGUUCUAUCGAGACGACGGAGAGAUGGAAGUAUUUCAGCUCACGAGCCGAGUUUUGGACAGGCCUGAUUAUAAAAGAUAAAAUAAUUGUUUAUUACAUAAUUGUAUCAUUGCAAUGAAAUAUUG